GCCCCAGCCCUCUGGUGGUCCCCGUGACAUCAGUUCCGAUAGCGGGAGCCUUGGGUGUGGAGCACAGCUCAGUUGUAGACCGACAGCCACGGCAGCAGCGUUUGAAAGAGAGAGAGAGAGAGAGAAAGAGGACACAAAUAAAGCGCGUUUUCGUUUGAGAGGGAGGGAAUAAAGACAGAAAGCAUGACUUCAAACUCCAAUCUCUCGACCAUGCAGCGGACGGUGGAGCAGCUGAAGUUUGAGGCGGGAAUCGAGAGGAUUAAAGUCUCACAGGCUGCCACUGAGCUCCAGCAGUAUUGCGUCCAGAAUGCCUGCAAAGAUGCUCUGUUGGUGGGACUACCUGCAGGAAGCAACCCCUUUAGAGAACCCAGGUCAUGCACCCUUCUCUAACACCAGCCAUAUCAGGAUAUUGGCCAAGCUUGACCUCGAUUAAUGCUGCCUUGUUACGAAGAACAUUUUUUUUCUUACAGUCAUUCUUUUUAUGUCAAAACAAUUUUUGUAUUUAUUAGUGUCUUAGGAUAGUUUCCUCCUAAUGUGGCUGUAUGCUUCAUUUGGAGAAAGGAUUUGUACUAAACAUACCUGGGUUAUGACCAAAAGACAUAAAAAUACUUCAUUUUUAAUUUGUAGUAAUCUUCCAAAGUUUGCAGAGCAAAUUGGUGUUUACAUGUAAAUGAUUGGGAAUUUGUUGCAAUCUAAAACAGGAUAUUUAACAUUUUCAUGGUUAGUUCUAAUACGCGAGCUAAAACUAGUGUGAUUGGGGGAAAGGAAGGUCAAUCACAAUAAAAUUGCCUAUUAGCACUGGUUUGUUUGAGUUUCCACACUGCAUUAUUAGUGAUGAAGUAACUUGGUAGACCUGGAGUUAACUGUACAAUAUUUUUUGUAUAUAUCUGUAUUGGCAAUGCGUUUCAGUCAGCUUUUAAAACAUUUUUUUAAAAGGAAAAGUGAAGCCAUCCUUGAAUGGCUGCUUUGUCCAGUCUAGACACUGAAGCACUGUUGAUUACACUUUGUAUAUCUUCCCUGCUUAUUUUUACUGCAAUGGAAAGAAAAUAACAGGUUACAGGCUCAGCUUUACAGUAUUUAUUUUACUUUUUACCAAAAGUAAAAAAGGUCAUUUUUGAAUUAAAAAUGCUUGCAUAUUACUUAUCACCGUAAAGAAAUGUAAGCAAAUGCUACGAGUUGGAUGAAAAAGUAACUGCCGCUAAAUCUUACAAUUUCUUUUCAAUGUUUGUGUGACUAAAUAUUAUGUAACACAUUUGGAUGUUUCAAUUAAAUAUAUUAAAAGUUGCUUUUUAAAAAUGUA